UAAUGAAAUGUAUGAUUGGCAGAGAAGGUUCCCCACACGCUGGCACAGCCUUUUUCCUGCUCUGCUGACUGUGAUUGGAGGCUCCAGAGCGCAGCAGCUGAAACGUGAGAAGCUGUUGUCACUACACCUGUGAGCCGCGCCGAUCAUCACCUCUUCCAUUUUAUGUUGAGCAUGAAGAGGAAAUGGCAGUAGCAACUAUUUCCAUCGAACAAGACCAGUUUUGUUGUUCGGUGUGCCUGGAGAUUUUGAGGGACCCGGUGACGAUCCCCUGUGGGCACAGCUACUGCUUGGACUGCAUUGAAGACUACUGGAACAGGCCCAAGCAGAAAGGCCAGUACAACUGCCCUCAGUGCAGGCGGGUGUUCAAUCCGCGACCUCUGCUGAGUAGAAACACAGUUCUGGGUGAAGUGGUGGAACAGUUUCAGCGAAGUGGAGUUCAAGCUGCACGUCAACCCUCGGCCAAAGCCGAAGAAGUGAAAUGCAGCGUGUGCACCGGGAGAAAGACCAAAGCUGUUAAAUCCUGCCUGUCGUGCUGCGAGUCCUACUGCGCGACUCACCUGAAGGUCCACGAAGAACGCUUUCACCGGAAGGCCCAUAAACUGAUCCCAGCCUCCGAGGAGCCGAGAGACCAGCUGUGCCCACAGCAUGACAAACCUCUGAGGCUGUACUGUCUCACGGACCAGCAGUGCGUGUGCACCCGGUGUGUUAAAGAGAGACACAAGGGCCACGCCGCGGUGUCGGUGGUGGAUGAGAGAACAGCGCAACAGAAAAAACUCCAAGAAACCUCUUUGAAGGCUGAGCAGAAACUGAAGGACGCAGAGAAGGAGCUUCAGUAUGUUAUCAAAUACAUCAAGCAUUCCACAGAGGCAGUAGUGGAGGAGAGUGAGAGGAUUUUCUCCAAACUAAUCAGCUCCAUAGAGAAGCAAAGCUGUGAAGUGAAGGAGCUGCUCAGAGUCCAGGCGAGAGCGGCUGUCAGUCAGGCUGAGGGGCUGCUGGAGAAGAUGCACAGGGAUGCAGCUGAGCUCAGGAGGGCUGAUGCUGAGCUGGAGAGGCUCUGUCGCACUAAGGACCACAUCCAGUUCCUUCAGAAGUCCAAGUCUCUUCAGUUCCCUACAAAGACUGUAGAGAUGCCCAGCACCGACGCACUUACAUACCUGAUGUACAAAACCAUGAGAGUAGCCCUGGCUGAUCUGAAGGACACUCUGGAUGAAGCACUUGAAAGAGACUUCAAAUUUCAAGUGAUUUCACUGAAGGGAACCAACAAUCAAAGUACCACUGAAAAGACUAAAGCAAGAGACACGGACAUGCCAUACAACUCAGAACCAAAGACCAGAGCUGAUUUUCUACAAUACUACAGCGAUAUAAUCCUGGAUCCUAACACAGCCAACCCUUAUUUAUGCUUCACUGAGGGUCAGAGAGUGGUGACCACACGUUCGGAGCCACAGCCCUACCCAGACCACCCGGAACGUUUCACCAGCUGGGCCCAGGUGCUGUGCAGAGCUGGGAUGGCUGGGCGCUGCUACUGGGAGGUAGAGUGGGCUGGAACUGGAGGGGUUUCUAUUGGUGUCUGCUACAGAAACAUGAGCAGGAGUGGAGGUGGGAGUGACUGCAAAAUGGGGGACAACUCCAAAUCCUGGAGCUUGGACUGCUCUUCCUCUGGCUGUUCAUUUCAGCACAAUAAGGACAGUGUGAACAUCACUGCUCCUUGCUGCAACAGGAUAGGAGUGUAUCUGGACUUCAGAGGUGGGACGUUGUCUUUCUACAGUGUUUCUGAUACCAUGGUUUUACUUCAUAAAGUCAAGACUAUGUUCAGCCAACCUCUACACCCUGGAUUCUGGGUGGGGUUGGGUUCUACCCUAAAGCUAUGUUCUCCUUAAAUGUUAAACUACCUGUACCC